CUGGCCCGGCCGCCAUUUUGAAUGUCAAGUUUGCUCCUUCCUCUGUCGCAAAUAGAGAAGAUUCCAGUUUCCUUUUGGUGUCACUACGCCCGAGGAUGCCAGCUCCAAUCAGACUACGGGAGCUAAUCCGGACCAUCCGGACUGCUCGGACCCAGGCAGAAGAACGGGAAAUGAUCCAGAAAGAAUGUGCUGCUAUUAGAUCUUCUUUCCGAGAGGAGGAUAACACAUACCGCUGUAGAAAUGUUGCUAAGCUUCUGUACAUGCACAUGCUGGGCUACCCAGCACACUUUGGACAACUGGAAUGCCUGAAAUUGAUUGCAUCUCAGAAGUUUACAGACAAGAGGAUAGGGUAUCUAGGUGCCAUGCUGCUGCUAGAUGAGAGACAGGAUGUGCAUCUCCUAAUGACGAACUGCAUCAAGAACGAUCUCAAUCACAGCACACAGUAUGUCCAGGGCGUGGCCUUGUGCACCCUGGGUUGCAUGGGCUCAGCAGAGAUGUGUCGUGAUCUGGCCGGAGAAGUGGAAAAGCUCCUCAAGACGUCAAAUUCCUACCUAAGAAAAAAGGCAGCAUUGUGUGCAGUCCAUGUGAUCCGGAAGGUGCCUGAGCUAAUGGAAAUGUUUCUUCCAGCGACAAAAAACCUACUGAACGAGAAGAAUCAUGGUGUCCUGCACACGUCUGUCGUUUUGCUCACAGAGAUGUGUGAGCGGAGCCCCGACAUGCUGGCACAUUUCCGGAAGUUGGUCCCGCAGCUGGUCAGAAUUCUUAAGAACCUCAUCAUGUCGGGCUACUCACCAGAACAUGAUGUGUCUGGUAUCAGCGACCCAUUCCUGCAGGUGAGAAUAUUGAGGUUGCUAAGAAUUCUGGGAAAAGGCGAUGACGACUCCAGUGAAGCCAUGAAUGACAUCCUUGCACAGGUUGCAACCAACACGGAGACGAGUAAAAAUGUUGGCAACGCCAUCCUCUACGAAACAGUGCUGACCAUUAUGGACAUCAAAUCAGAAAGCGGACUGAGGGUAUUGGCAAUUAACAUCUUGGGGCGCUUCCUACUAAACAAUGACAAAAACAUCAGAUAUGUAGCACUAACAUCCCUGUUGAAGACCGUACAGACUGACCACAAUGCUGUGCAAAGGCAUAGAAGCACUAUUGUAGACUGCCUGAAGGACCUUGAUGUGUCCAUCAAAAGACGAGCGAUGGAGCUCAGCUUUGCGCUUGUGAAUGGAAACAACGUCCGUGGGAUGAUGAAGGAACUACUUCACUUCCUGGACAUGUGUGACCCUGAAUUUAAAGCUGAUUGUGCGUCAGGAAUCUUCCUCGCUGCAGAAAAGUAUGCACCCUCAAAAAGAUGGCACAUAGACACCAUUAUGAAGGUCUUGACAACGGCGGGCAGUUAUGUUCGAGACGAUUCUGUGCCCAACCUCAUACAGCUGAUCACCAACAGUGUGGAGAUGCAUUCAUACACAGUGCAGAGGCUAUACAAAGCCGUGCUGGACGACAUCUCGCAACAGCCCUUGGUACAGGUGGCAUCCUGGUGUAUGGGCGAGUAUGGUGACCUACUGGUGUCGGGUCAGUGUGAAGAGGAGGAGCCCAUCCACGUCACAGAAGAUGAGGUGCUGGAUGUUUUGGAAGGCAUCCUUGUGUCCAAUCUGUCUUCACCGAUAACUCGGGGCUAUGCACUCACAGCAAUUAUGAAGCUCUCCACGCGUUUCAGCAGUGUGAAUCGAAUCAAGCGGGUUGUGUCAAUAUAUGGGAGCAGCAUCGACGUGGAGCUCCAGCAGAGGGCUGUGGAGUACAAUGCGCUUUUCAAGAAAUAUGACCACAUGAGGUCUGCCUUAUUAGAACGAAUGCCUAUCAUGGAAAAAACCACCACCAAUGGCCCUACAGAGAUACUGCACACCAAUGGAGAGGCAGAGCCUUCAGUUCGGGACUCCAAACACCCGCCCAGCAUCCCGCAGCCUUCUUCCCAAGCUAAUGAUCUGCUAGACCUUCUGGGAGGGAACGACGUAGUGCCUGUGAUCCAGACUGAGCUGCCCACGAAACCAGCCUCCUCUGGUGGGGAGUUAUUGGACCUUCUGGGGGACCUUUCGCUCUCAGGUGUCCCAGCCCCUGCUGCUCCCAUCUCUGUCUCCCAGCCCGCCUUCCUGCUGGACGGCAUCUCCUCCCAGCCCCUUUUUAAUGAUGUUGCAGGAGCCAUUCCACCAAUGACAGCCUACAAUAAAAAUGGACUGAAAAUAGACUUCACAUUUGAAAGGUCCAAUUCAAAUCCCAAUGUGUCCGUUAUUACCAUCCAUGCGUCCAACUUGACUGAGGUAGACAUGGCUGAUUUCGUAUUCCAAGCUGCAGUACCAAAGACCUUCCAGCUGCAGCUCCUUUCCCCCAGCGGUAAUGUUGUUCCUGCACUCAACAAGGGAACUGUCACACAGGUGAUCAAGGUGCUGAACCCACAGAAGCAACAACUGCGCAUGAGGAUCAAACUGACUUAUACCCAUAAAGGGUCUUCGGUUCAAGACCUGGCAGAGGUCAACAAUUUCCCCACUCAGUCCUGGCAGUGAAGGGUUGGCUCUUUGCUCUCAAAGACCCCUCCUCCCCCACCUGCUAAAUGAACUAUGGAAAAGACUGCCCCCCCGCCCAAACUGUGAUGUCAGCACAGACUGGUACCCUGAGGUGGCCCGGGGGAAACAGGAUUCCUUCAGACACAAAAUGAUGAUGAUGCGUCUGACGAUUAGUUCAGCAAAAGUAUGUGACGACAUAUCCAUUUAGCGAGUGCGACGGGUGUCAGUGCCGUCCCCAAUGUCCACCUCAUCUAGGCACUACUCUGACACAGGCAAACCCGUGCUGCUGCCAGGGAGGCAUGCAGAGCCUGGAGCUGCUUCAUAUCAGCAGUUCCUCUGCUAAAAGGAGUCCCUUUCAUGUUUUUAGCAGUUGUCUGUCUAACUAAAUUGUCAGGAUGCCUUUUAUUUCUUCUUGUUUAAUGUCCCCUCCAGAAAUGAAAUACAGCAGAAGGUUAGUUUUUUGCACUUUAAUCACUUCUCCCUGUGUACUGUGGGGAAUUACGAUGUGGCUGUGGGGUUUCUGGCUCUUUCUGGGUUUUGUGGUAUGUCAUUUAUUCUCCAGUUUGGUGUCUUGGUCUUAAUUUCUGUAAUAAAAAUCAGCCAUCUUCACGCUAAGUACAACCCUUUUGGUCCAAAUACUAUGCUUCUGUUUUUUUUUUGGCAUGUUCAUAUAAAACUGACUUAUUCAGCCUAACUUAACCAGUCGCAGAUUGUCAGUGUUUUGGCUGAAAAUUCAGUCUUGCAUUCUUGUAGCAAUAAUGUUGAAAUUGAAAGGAAAAAAAUAUAUCUUGUUGAAAUGGUUAUUUCCCCCAUUCCAGUGUGAAUGAGGAUUAAACUUGGAAAUGUACACUUCAUUUGGUAUAUAGGGUUGCAUGUUAAUUUGUUUGGCCUAUUUAUUUCUUUAUUUUCCCCUGCUUACCAUGCUACUGUGACUAACAGUCUUUAAAAACUGCAGCAAAAGUGCAGUACAUUUUACGCAUCCUGAAUUUUCUCAUGGUACAGUAGUUACCCAUGGCAAAAUCACCGUUUUAAAG